AUGAAAAGUGGCUUGGAAUAUUUUGGGAUCUUUUUGUACAUUAUGGUGAAUAUUCUGAAUAAACACCAAUAUCAAGCAGUGCGUUGUUACGUAUGUGACUAUUGUCCGAUAGUAACGAGUGAAUCAAUAUCAACAGACAACAAUUGUACAUCUUGCGUGAUGGGUGGUAGUAAUUUUGGAAUUCACAGAAUAUGUUUGUUUAAUGAUACGAUACCCAUUAACUUCCCAAACGAAAAUCGAGAGACUUGUUCCACUGAAUUGUGUAAUGGGAAAACAGUUGAUAACACUGCACAACCUCCACCAGGGCCUAUAGCAAAACCAAUCGAUUGCUAUACUUGUUUGAACUGUACAAAAAGUAACCAAAAGGUUAUUAGCGGUUGUGGUGGAUGUGUGACAACUCAUGGUUCUGGAGUUACUAGUAAAUUUUGUGGACCUACAUGUGAUCAAUUGGAUCAUGAGAAUACAGUCGGUUGUUGCUCAACAGAUAAAUGUAAUGGAAUGACAAAAUUAUCUAUUCAUCGUCAUGUUAUUGUUGUUCUGUUUGUUUGCAUGGGAAUCAGUAAAUACAUUCUCUGA